AUGUUCAAGACUGACUUCUCUUUACCAAUACGGAUCCCUCUUGAGGAAGUACAGUUUCGGGGCAGUCCGCACUUUUACAACAAUGGUACACCCUGGAUGAAAGAUCCAGACGAAACAGCACCAUGGCCAGAAAAUUUAAGAUACGUCGGUGAGCCAAGCCACCAAAUUGACGAGAACUGGCAGAGGCUCAUCGGCAAACGCUACUUCUCAAUUUCGGAAGAGGAGGCUAGAAGAGCCUGGGGAGACAAACGACAUAAGUUUGUAGAUCAGAACAUGGGAGGCUAUACAGCUGGGUUCGACAUGUUUCAUACGUUGCACUGCAUUAACGAACUUCGCAAGGCGUUACGUCCCGAGUACUAUCCCCCAAAGUCUCAUACGCUCCAUGGAGCGCUUCACAACGGCAAGUAUCUCAAUAUGCGACACAUCCCUCUUGGUGACUGA